AUGUCCUCCCGUCGAGGCGUCGGCCUAGGAGCCUUUGCGAAUCGAACCCAAGCCAGCCAAUCCUAUGCCAAUCAUGGCGCCAACCUUCGCUCCACCCACCUCUCCUCGCUCCAGACCCAACUCUCGGUGUUCCAGUCCGUCCUCCACAGCUUCGCGCUGGAGCACAGCUCAACCAUCAAAUCAAACCCCACCUUCCGCGCCGAGUUCGCACGCAUGUGCAAUACGAUCGGCGUCGACCCGCUCGCCGCAAGCAACGUGAAAGGGAAAAAUGGCCGGAAGGGACUGGGCGGCGAGACGGGCAGCUUCUGGACCCAGAUUAUGGGCGGGGACAUGAAUGAUUUCUACUUCGAGGUUGCGGUGCGAGUCGUGGGGCUGUGCCGGGAUACGCGCAGUGAAAACGGCGGCUUGCUUGGUGUCGAGGAGUGUCGGAAACGAGUAGGCAAAGGGAAAGCGAUCGGGAGUGGUCUUGAAGUUACGGAUGAUGAUGUCCUUCGUGCUGUCAAAUCGCUCGAGCCUCUGGGGUCAGGCUUUUCUAUCUUCCGAGUCGGAAGCAAGCAGUAUAUCCGGUCGGUUCCAAAGGAGCUGAACACAGACCAAGCCACCGUGCUGGAGGCUAUACAAGUUCUCGGAUACGUGAGUAUAUCUAUGUUGCGGCUGAACUUGAACUGGGAGAAAGCGCGGGCCCAGACCGUCAUUGACGAUCUGCUGGCCGACGGUCUAGUCUGGCUCGAUGCCCAGGCUGAAGAGAAUGAAUAUUGGUCACCACAGAACCUGCUGGAUGAUAGUGGGUGA